AUGGAAGAGUUUGAGGCUGCCUAUAAAGAAGCGCUGCAUCAGGCGAAAAUUUUCAUCACUGAAAACUUCCGUCCUUUUGAAAGCAUUGAAACGAUUGCAACACAUGGCGGUUUUUAUCCCCAUGAUUUGUCAUGUAUGGGCUCUCCAGUGGUUCCACCAAUCUGUUUGUCCACUACAUUUGAGCAGAAGGAACCCGGUGUUGCUAGAUACGACUACUCUAGAGCAGGGAACUUCUCUCGGGAGUGCCUGGAAAAGUGUAUUGCUGAACUGGAAUGCGGCGAUCAUUGCUCGACGUACAGUUCUGGAUUGGCCUGCUUAGGAGCGAUUGUUCAGUUGCUGUCGGCUGGGGAUCAUAUAGUCGCUUUCGACGACAUGUAUGGAGUGAACAGUCGUCUCUGCGCCGUCCGGCUAUCCAGUUCAAUCAAGCUCAAUGCCUCGCGGCAUAAAAAGCGGUGCCUGUUGGUCGUAUCGGCUUAUGCACCAACGAACUGCAGUCCUGAUGCGGAGAAGGACACUUUCUAUCGAGAGCUAUCCGAGUUCAUCCAUCAGGCAAAAAACACCGACAUUGUGAUCCUCGCAGGCGAUUUGAAUGCUCAAGUAGGUCGUCUGAGCUCCUUGGAAUCACAUUUGGGUGGUCAUUUCGGAGUCGAUGCUCGCCGCACAGACAACGGAGAUCGACUCCUUCAGCUGUGUGCUGAUCACGAACUGUUUCUGGCAAGAAGUGGACGAUAUCUGAGGACCAUCGCCAAUCGAUCCGGCAUCUCAUGCACUUUGGUGGACAUGCGAGAUGAAGAUGCGUUCAAAUCAGUUUUACAACCGAACACCAAACUCGUAUUGGCCGAAACGCCAUCGAACCCGUUGAUGCGGCUCAUCGACAUCCGUCGGAUAUCCGAUAUAGCUCAUAAUUAUAACAAAGAUAUAAUAGUUGCUGUGGAUAACACGUUCAUGACUCCCUAUUUUCAGCGUCCACUGGAUUUCGGUGCUGACAUCUCAUGGCACUCUCUGACAAAAUACAUGAAUGGUCACUCGGACGUCGUGAUGGGCGCAGUAGUUACACGGGGCCACCCAGAACUACCUUCCAAAUUCAAAUUUGCCCAGCUGGCUGGAGGAGCAGUACCAUCAUCAUUUGACUGCUUCCUCUGUCUUCGUGGGCUUCGAACUUUACCUGUGAGAAUGCGAGGCCAUAUGCUUAAUGCGCUGGUUGUUGCAAAGAUGCUCGAAAAGCAUCCAAAAGUCGAAAAGGUCAUUCAUCCAGCCCUUCCCAGCCAUCCACAGCAUAAACUGGCUCUAGAACAGAUGCGUGGGUUCAGUGGUAUAAUCUCAGUCUAUGUGAAAUGUACAGCGGAAGAAACCGUUGAGUUCGUCAAAAACAUAAAGCUGAAUAUGUUUACCGCAAACGAAUUACUUUCCAGCAAUUCUCCUAAUCUUUUCCAGGUGUUCGCUCUAGCUGAAAGCCUCGGAGGCUACGAAAGCCUCAUCGAAAUUCCAUCCAUCAUGACGCAUAUUUCGGUACCUUACGAGAUUCGACUACAGAACGGGAUCUCAGAUAAUAUGAUUCGAUUGUCGAUCGGCUUGGAAGAUCCCAAAGAUUUGGUUCGUGCGCUAUACGAAGGACUGGAUGCGCUGGACGGCAAAGAAUGAGCGCGUCUUGAUUGAUUGACUUGAUUAUUAGUUGAUCUCUCGAUUAAGUUGCUUGGUGAUCUGAAAUAAAAUUCUUUCCAAC